GUUAUACCUCGAAGACUGAGGUCAAACCUUAACACCAUCAGGUAUGUGUGUAUUCUUCUAAUGAGGACUCUGACAUUUUCUGUCACAUGAAGGCUUCACAAAAGACAAAAAGCCUGGCAGCUAAAAAGCCUCAGACGGAUGGCUAUAACCUCCCAUCUCGUAACGCUCUGGCACAGAUCCUACCAGGUUUCCAGUGCCGUGUCACUGAGGCAACAACUGACCUCCACAAUGUAACUCAGCAGGAGAAGAAGAGACCAGAAGCUGCUCAGACCAACAGGCCGAACAUAAACCAUACAUUUCAAGUACAUCAUCCACAAAACAGACCUAUGAUUCUACCUGACUUAGAAGAGAAUCCCCUCAUGGCAGAGAUCACUGACCUCCAGAAUAAGGAGGUGGGAACUUAUCGUUCAGCCAUGGGUAAGAUGGCAGAAGACAUUAUAGCUCUAAGGACACAGGUGGUGACGUUGGAGGCAGAAAACAGCCAGCUCCGCAGUGACCUGUCUCUGCACCAGGACCUUGGCCGACAUCUGCUGGAUGACGCAGACAUUGCCGUCAUGACCAAGGCUGAGAUUGCUGACCGCAUAGCAUCCCUGAAAUUUAAGCUGGCCAGUGAGACCAGUAAGGUGGCCACACAAAGGGACAGGAUCCAACAGCUCCAGAACGAGCUAAUCAAGAAAAAUGACAGCGAGAAGGAGCUGCUAAAACUCAACCGAGUUCAGCAGCAGCAGAGGGGGAAUCUGCAGCACCAUCAGAGUCACAUGGCCAACAUGGCAACUUUAGAGGUCACCAUCAAACGGCAGGAAAAGGUUAUUGAGAAGACGGAGAAGGCUUUAGAAAGUAAACUCAGAGAGAUGAAUAGACAAGGUAAGACUGACUGCAGAGGACAAGAGACAGAGUUGGCCCUGUUGGCCGAGAAUACGCGUCUCCGAGAAGAGCUGGACAGGAUUCACAGGCAGCCUUUACAUGCCGUUAUUCACGAGUCAGCACAGACAAAAGAGAUUAUUCCACUUAAGGAGAAACUGGCUUUACUAAAUAAACUUGAGAAAGCCGAGGCAAGAGUCCAAACACUGGAAGCUCAGUUGGAGGCGAACUCCAAGUUGUGGGGGAGAAAGAAACAGGAACUGUUGACCAAACUGAGUGAGCACAGACACGGCUUUGUCCCAACAGGCUCCACAGUCCUCCAUAAUGUUUCUGCAGUCAGCUGAGUUUGUCUUCACUUCAUUCAGUCACAUUCUGUGUUGCAUUUUAAAAAGGUAUUUAAAAUGAAUUUACGUCCCUCAACUGUUUUCUGCUUCUUUUAGACAUCAAUAUCAGAUUCCACACAUCAGCAAACAGAAACCUAAAUAAGGAACUGAAAGUCAAUAUAACUACUUAUACUACUAUAUAUAUAUAUA